CACAACACAAUUUCAAUAGCAAAAGCAAAACACUCUCUGAUCUCUGAUAAUGGCGAAGGCAGAUAAGAAGCCAGCAGAGAAGAAACCGGCAACCGGAGACAAAGCUCCGGCGGAGAAGAAGCCCCGCGCAGAGAAGAAGAUCCCGAAGGAAGGUGGAUCUACGGAUAAGAAGAGAAAGAAGGCGAAGAAGAGCGUUGAAACUUACAAGAUCUACAUAUUCAAGGUUUUGAAGCAGGUUCAUCCUGACAUCGGAAUCUCCAGCAAGGCGAUGGGAAUAAUGAACAGUUUCAUCAACGACAUCUUCGAGAAGCUUGCUCAAGAAUCUUCUAGACUCGCUAGGUAUAACAAGAAACCUACCAUUACCUCCAGGGAGAUUCAGACUGCUGUUAGACUCGUGCUUCCUGGUGAGCUCGCAAAGCAUGCUGUUUCUGAAGGAACCAAAGCUGUUACCAAAUUCACUAGCUCUUAGGUUUAGGGUUUUUUCAUUGUUUAUUUGAACCGAUUUCGUUUUGCUUUUCUUGUGGUACAUGUAGAUCCAAUGCUGAUUGUUAUUUAAAUGAUAUGUUCUUGUUAAUUCCAAUUGA